GCCGGGCAGUUACUCCGGAACCGUUGCCUUGACGACACGCAUAUCCACGCAUGCGCGUAUGCGCGAGAAGUGGGUGCACAUUGAAAGUCCUCAUCAUCGUUGUCGUCGUUGCUUGAGAAAAGGGAGAACGAGGAAAAAGAUAGAAAAAAAGAAAGAAAGAAAGAAAGACAGACAGACAAAUAGUUAGGAUAGACAGAUAGAAAGACAGAGCACGCGAUCAACACCAAAGCAUCACUUUAACGUUUUUCUUAUCCUCCAAUAGGAAUUUCCAUCAUAAGGAUCAGUAGCAGCUUCACUUUCUUUCUCUUUCUCUCUUGUAUCAUUCUUCUUUUCUCUUCCUUUCUUUUUCAUUCUCUCUUUAUCUCUUUUUCUCUCUUUUAUAUUAUUUUUCUUUUCUUUCUGUCUCUCUCUCUCUCUCUCUCUCUCUCUCUCUCUCUCUCUCUCUCUUUCUUUUCUGAACUAUGUUUUCGUGGCUAAGAUAGCACAUGUUGACAUCACUGAGAAACAUCAGAAAAGAUACACUGCUUAUUUCUUGUUUUACAUCUGGUGUAAUACAGUUGAUCUUUUUUUCGGAUUAUAUAUUCCAUCAAAAAGUAAUCUAAAUUAUUUUAUACUCUUCUGUCCAUAUGGGACAAUUCUCUUUAGAAAUAAACAUUAUCCUAUUUCUACUUUUCUCUCUUUCUUCUCUUUUUUUAUGUUUUGAAAGGUCUCUUCGGCAAGUUAAACAAAUUCCUUAGGAAUGUAACGCCUAAGGAAUAAGGUUUAAAAGGGUAGAGAAAGAGAGAGUGAUAGUUACACGAGAGAAGAGUGUCAACAAGAGAAAGCCCUCAAGGAACCAAUACCUCCACCUUUCUGAUCAUCAUCAUUACCAUCAUCAUCAUCAUCAUAAUCAUCAUCAUAGAAUAUCAUCAAAAGUACACCUUUGUUGAACGAUGAUCGCAACCUUGGAAGAACUUUGCUCGUAGUCGAGAUCUCUCUCUUUCUCUCUUUCCCUCUUUCUCUCUCUCUCUCUCUCUCUCUCUUUCUUUCUCUUUCUCUUUCUCUUUCUGUCUCGUGGGUAGCCCAGAGCAGCGCGCGUCGAGGUGGUCCGAGCGAGUCGAAGGAGAGAGGCGUGCCCCAGUGCCGUUCGAACGUCCGAUGUCUCCGCACGAGGACGCCGCGAAUACGAGGAGAGGAAGAGCCGAGAGUACGCGUGCCGUCGGCGAGCACGAGCAGGCAUCUUCUUCGUCAUCGUUAUCGUCAUCAGUUUUAUCGUCUUUCUUUUUGAAGACGUUUUUAAGGAGACGCUACCGGAAGACAUCAUCAUCGACUUGUUGGUCAACCUCAGAUGUCUUCUUUUCUUCGUAGCACCACCUGCCGCUCUGUGACUUCGUGUCGUUGCAUCGACAGCGGCAGGUCCACUUAUCGAUUCCCUUAUUUUCUUCCACUUCCCAUUCUUUUCCGAUUUUUUAUUAUCCCGCACGAAACAGACUCUCUUUUCUAUACGAAAGUUCAGAACGAACGUGUCGCUCGGUGGUACUGGCCCACCGCGAUCAUGUUCACCGAUAAGAAGAGGAGGAAAAUCGUUCGGUCCUCUUUACGGGAAAGUCUACUCUCAUCGCGGUAUUUUCAUCGAAUCGUUCGCGAGUGACAAACAGGUAAAAGUAAAUAAAAUACAAAGCAAGAUAGGGAAAGAUAGAGAUAGAAAGAUAGAAAGAAAGAGAGAGAGAAAGAAAGCGAGAGAGAGAGAUCAAAGAUAGAAGAAUUAGAUCAAACCCAAAGACAACGGUUAAUCAUAUAUAAUAUACCGGUUGAAAGUUUUAACCCAAAGUAUUAAAGUUCUCUGACUAUAAUAUAUGAUCAAUGGUGAUGAUCAAGAAGAAAUAAGUUAGUGUGAAAAAUAGAAGAAGAAGAGAAAGAUCGAAGGUGACUUAGGUGUUCCUCAGAUUGGAUGGUUCCACGGGGGUUAACCAUUGAGAGGUCGACUUGGGUGCAACCAGAGCCGGAACAGCAACGUUUCUACGACUCUCCGCCACCACGGAUGGACGUGAGCGUGUGCUGUUUACCCGCUAGUGCCGGCUCGGGGGCCCAGCACUCUCAUCCGGCGAGUUUGCCGUCCGGUGGACAGUCGACGAUCCAAGCACCUUAUCAGUAUGCCGAUCAGAUAGUACCGGAUCGGGGUCAACCCGACGGACUCGCGGUACUCGGCUGUACCGGACAGAAUAACUGGCAACAGAUCUCAAACUCGUCCACCGUCGCGGCUGGUGUCACUGCGACAACCACAGCGUACAUCGAUUAUUCCUGGCUGCAGAUGCAGACAUCGGACCUGGAUACGUUUCUCUGCAGACAAGAUCUUGAUCGUUUGCAAAAGUUAGACGAAGAUGAAGGGGAUAAGGAUACGAGAGAGUCUUCAGUACACAUGGAGGACUUUUUUGAAGUCGGUGGUCCAGUUUGCAGACCACAGGCUAGUUUCGUAUCUUCAAGGAAUCAACCAGGUGGAAACGACGACGACGUUUUUCUCAGGCCUCCUCUUUGGGAGGACAUCACGUCGAGCAUUCAAAAGCUUGACCCGGAGAACGCGGACAUGUUGGGCUCUCAAUCUCACAUUAAAAUGGAAUCUGACGACGUGACCUCCCCGGUUCUUUCACCAGUCGAAAUAAAGACGGAACCAUUGCCAGCGCCACCGACUUUACACUUGCUCGAAGGACCAGCGUCGAAUCAGGUACAGAGCUUUUCAAAUUCAGGACAGUCAAAUGUAUCAACGGGUGCGCAACAACAGCUCGUUCAUCAUCGAACAACGACAACGACAACAACAGCGCCUUUUAAAGCUUUCCCACCGGGAAAUCCUGGAAAUGGAAGUAAUGUUUCCGGUAAUGCAGGAAACGCCAAUACCAACUCUGUUGCGAACAACAGUAACGUUAAUAACAACAAUGGGAAUAAUAAUAACAGUAACAAUAAUAACGGUAACAGCAAUGACACCUCAACGAAUCAUCACGGAUCGUCUCAGACGCUUCAGCAAGCUGGUAACGCAACGACCUCACCGCUUUAUGGCUCGAUGACCAGGUUGAUGUACAUCUCACCGUUAACACCUCCUAUCUCGGAUCCUGGCUCGCCCAUCGGUGGUGGCCCACCGCGACGGACACCGCCUCCGCCCUAUCCGCAACCCUCUAUUCUAAAUCCGCCCCAUCGGAUUCAACCGCCACCCAUUACAACCAAGUUUAACAGACGGAACAAUCCUGAGCUCGAAAAGCGACGUGUUCACCACUGUGAUUUCAUAGGUUGUACGAAAGUAUACACGAAGAGUUCGCACCUGAAGGCCCAUCAGAGAAUACAUACGGGAGAAAAACCGUACCAGUGUCAGUGGCCGGAAUGCGAAUGGCGAUUUGCGAGAAGCGACGAAUUAACGCGGCAUUAUCGGAAGCAUACUGGCGCGAAACCGUUCAAAUGCGCUGUCUGCGAGCGAUCGUUCGCGAGGAGCGACCAUCUCGCGUUGCACAUGAAGCGACAUCUACCGAAGCAGCACACCAAGUGAACUACCUACCAUGGUUACGUAGACGAACUCCUCGGCGAAACGAAGAGAAUUGAAAAAGAAAAAAAAAGAAAAUAUAUCGAAGGCGCUUCCUCACUCGUUGAUAGAGAAGAAAAAUUCGACGACGUUACUUUGUAGAUUGUAGAAGCAACGAGUGAAAAGGAGAAAGGGACAUCGUCGAAUCGUUUCGAUCUUUUUUCUUGUCCUUAGAAUGGAUACUUUUCGAUCUCUCUUUUCGAAAAAUCAAACGAUACUUGUCGUUCCGAUAUUCGAACAAAUUCACUAUUAGAAAAGUAAAUUUUAUCUAUGCCGCAAAAAAAGGAAAAAAACAAGAACGAAUAAUUUAUAAACGCUGAUACGUAAAAAUGAAUAUAUGUAUACCUGCUUUUUGAAAUCAGGUAACUUCUCUUCUCAUAUUAAUAAUGAACGAAAAUACGUACCGAAAAGAAAAUGUUUACUCAAUUUCAAAGAGCAUCUGAUCGUUAUCGUUGUUGCAUCUGUAAGUCUAGUCUCUUGCGAAUCAUUCAGAAGGAUGAUCGAAAAACGUUGUUCUAGGAGACACGAAAGAAAGAGUACGUUCGAGUACUUAUAUACCUACUCGCUUCGUAUCUCAACGAAACGAUUUAUUCCAAACGAUUGCAAGACGAUCACGAUCUUUACUCUCAAUGGAUUUUUUUGUCGUUUCGAUUGCACCGCUUACGUAGAUAAAUUAAAAGUAAUUCGACAUCGACAGAAAUUAAAAGGAAAAUAAAAGAAAAAAAACAAAAUUGGUCGCCUUGCUUCAAGAAAAAUUCAAUUUUCGAAGGCUUGGUAUUAUGAAAAUUUCGCGUUUAAGAUUUCGAGAAUGCACGAUCGCUUUGUUUUGUAUGUAUGUAUGUAUUACUACUAUUACUGCUACUACUACUACUACUACUACUACUACUACUACUACUACUACUACUACUACUACUACUACUACUACUCUACUACUACUACUACUACUACUACUACUACUGCUGCUACUGCUACUACUACUACUACUACUACUAUUACUAUUACUAUUACUAUUACUACUACUACUAUUACCACGUUUGCAAGAGAGGCCGGACAAAUAUUCAUUCUCGACACUUAACUAAUUUAAAAGAUUCUCAUUGCGUGUAUAUACAUAUACACAUACACACACGCAUGCGCGCGUGCGUGUACAUAAGUAUAACUCUAUGUAUGUAUGCUCUUACCCUCUCUUUUUCUUUCUCUCUCUAUCUCUCUCUUUUUCUUUCUCUCUCUAUCUCUCUCUUUUUCUCUCUCUCUCUCUCUCUCUCUUUCUCUCUCUCUCUCUCUCUCUCUCUCAUCGUAUUUAUUACAUUGUUAUACAUAGCAUGGCGUGUAAAACGAACGCUUCACCAAAAUAUGAUAUCCUUUAACAGAUAUCGAUAUUUUCCAUCGACAAUCGCGUAAGAUCGGGAACGUAAUAUUUUGUUCGGCUUUUGCUCGCUGUGGCUGGACCACAAAAAAAGAACAAAAAAAAGAAAAAAGAAAAAAGAAAGAUUUCCGAACGAUUCGAAAAAUUUGAAUUUACUUGUCUCCAAAGAAGAAGAAGAAAAAGAAGAAAGAUGGCGGCUAACGGAACUUGGCGAACGUUUUCUUCGACUCUCGGGACGAAGCUAUCGAGAGAGUUCAACAACGUGUGGUUUACCUCGAUAUUUGUUCACCGGCUAAAGAGGUUAUGACGAAACGUAUGCCUUCGUGAUUGUACGCCGAUAGUGUGGGUGGUUGCGAGGAAAUAUUUCGUCACAGCGUUAUGUGUUCUCUCUCACAGAAGAGAGAGAGAAGAAAAAAGAGAGAGAAAGAGAGAGAGAAAGAAAGAGAGAGAGGGAGAAAGGGACGAUGCAGAUAUUGCAGUACGUUCCUCUCCGUUCAAGCUUUAGCCGUAGAUAUCUCGUCUCGGAUAUCUUACUUUUCGAAUCGAAGUGUUUUACGAUCGUAAACUAGGUUAGGACAACGUGACCUAAGGUGUAAAGGGUUUCGAGAAGAGAAGCCAAAGCUUCCUUUCGCCGCGAUUAUUUCCCGACGUAAACAACUAUUUCAACGUUAUUACGUGUGAAUAUAAUCAACGCGGAUUGUGGUCCAGAUAUUUUCCAAGCGUUUCACGUUCUAAUGUACUACGAGUGCUAUGUUUGCGAAACGUUAUAAAAAUAAAGAAAAAAAAUUUAUAUAACAUUUUAUUUUCACUGCUUUAUCUUCAUGAAUAUUAGUAAGAGGAAAAAAAGAAAUGGUCAACCAAAUUCAAAAACAAUUAAGCAAUUAGAAAAAUGUCGUGAACUUAGAACGAACAUCGUGUAUGUCCUUGUAACUAUUAAAAUCGGAAAGGCCCAGGCACGUUGGAAAGACUAAAAGAAAAAAACUCGUGUAUGUCGAUGCGAAACGUCUGAUAUCCCGUGAUGCCUCAUGUACAAAUUCGUUUAAGAGGUUUUAACGAUUAUUAGAGAUUUAAGACGUCUUUUAAGGAUGCAUCGAGUACGAAUAAUAAAUGGAAAGAACUACCCUAUACACACAAAUACAACACACACGAAUACACACACCCACACACACGUUCCGGAACGUAUCGGUAUAUUUAAUUUCGUGAUUCGUAUCUCUAUUAAAAUUAAAAUUAAAUCUACGCACUUGUGUAUGUAUACGUGUAUAAAAAGAAGCAAGAAGACAACAAGAAGAAAACAUUGCAAAUACCUAAUACCCACUGUAGUUAGUGUAAUAUUAUUUGUAUAGCGUCGCCUCGUAUUACAACGAGGAUACUACUCCGUGUACUUUGAACCCUCCACCAAGCCCUAUUCCUCUUCUUUAUUAAUCUAUUUCUAUAGAGUUUCUUCUAUUUUAGAACGCGAUAUUGCAAACUUCGUCUAAUAGCGAGCAGCGAGAAACGUGCAUUUGUGAUAAGAUGAAAGGGCCUCGAAGAAUUCAUUCGUAAAGAGAAGAUAAAUUUUCACGUUAAAAACAAUGAGGUAAAAUUUAUAUCGAAUUUCAACAUUUUUCGUAAUCGAUCCUUUGCAAUCUUUUUUUUAAAUCAAAUCCGACAAUUUAUUUCAAACAUGAUAAUUAAUAAACUGUUCUAUAAAAUUAAUUCUACAUUCUAAUAUCCGUAUAAUAACUAUCAGCUUUCUUUAAUAUGAUACGGUGUCGCUCUCUGGUAAAUGUUAAACAAAUGUUAAAAAUUAACUAUUCCACGUAUGUCUGUUGGUUAUUAUAAAAAUGUUCGAAAUUGCAUCCUAAAAAAUAAUUAGAAGAGAUAAUGAAAUAAAUCGCACUAAGUCUGAUCUAUUAGAUUUUUCGGCAAAUCUUAUUGAUUUUUUAUUCGUUUAUUCGAAAAUACGUCGAUCGUUGUUAUCGCAUCAGUUGCAUCAUAUAUGUAUGAUAUACAGCGCGUAGUGUUUCGCAUUACAUAUCUCGUAUGAACUAAUCAAAAAUAAUCGAACAUAUACGCGCUUUAUAUUACACUAUGCGUAUUUGCGAUGGAACGUUAGAAAAAUAAGGAAAAACAAUUGAAAUUUUCGCAAUCUAUGUAUUUAUAAUAUCUAUCUUUUUUUAUCGCAUUUCUCGUUAACCGCUCGUUAUUAUAAAGAAUCGUUAUCGAACAAAAUAUGGAUAACUUAAGCCUAUUUUACCUCAUCCAAUAUGGUAUCAACUUCUAGACCGUCUUUUAUUAUGUACUUCUCUCUUCAGGCAAACGAAUUUCAUAUUCAGACUCGUUCGCCGUACCGAUCUAUUUUAAUUUUAAUAUACGAGAUAUACCUCAUGAUAUGUGAAAAGAAAAAAGAACAUAAACGGAAGAGAGAGAGAGAGAGAGAGAGAGAGAAGAGUGGGAUCGAACAUUCGUGCACAUUUCCUAUUUGAUUUCCUACGGUUUGUCCAUAAUGUUUAUAAGAUGCUGUAAUUUGUGUGUCGUGUAAUUUAAAUAUAUGAUGAUAUAUAUAUUAUAUAUAUAAUAUGUAUUUAUAUGUAUACGUAAUAUACAAUUCCUAUUCGAU